CGGGCACCAGGCUGCUGGAUCCGGGACUCUGGCGCCUCUGACUGAGCUACGAAGGGUUAAAGACCUUCGCCCCCUCCUCCCGCCUCCUCCUGUCUCCUCCCCCAGGCUCUUCCUGUCCCGAAGUUGCAACACCCCAUCUGCCACUCUCCCUUCCCUUCUACCUCCACUCUCCUUUCUGCUUUAGUUUUCUCCCAGUUCUUCGGACUCGGCUCCGGCUCUGGCCUUCGGGGUGUGAGGUCCUUGGGAUCAGGCGGUGACCUUCACCCCAACCCCAUCCCGCUCAGCUUCCCUCCCCGGGGUGCGGGCUCUUCUUGGGACCUCCCGACCCCGCGCAUCCCGGACUCCGGUCGCCGCCGCCGCCGCCGCCGCCGCCGCCACUGCCUGAGCCCUGAUGGGGGAGUGAGAAGCCACAACUGGCCGGACAUGGGCCUCCCCACCGUCCCUGGCCUGCUGCAGCCACUGGUACUUCUGGCUCUGUUGGUGGAAAUAUACCCAUUAAGGGUUACUGGACUGGUCCCUCACCUCAGGGACCGGGAGAAGAGAGCUAUUCCAUGUCCCCAAGGAAAAUAUAUUCACCCUCAAGAUAAUUCCAUUUGCUGUACGAAGUGCCACAAAGGGACCUACCUGUACAAUGACUGUGCGGGCCCAGGGCUGGACACGGACUGCAGAGAAUGUGAAAAUGGCACAUUUACUGCUUCAGAGAACUACCUCAGACAGUGCCUUAGCUGCUCCAAAUGCCGAAAAGAAAUGUACCAGGUGGAGAUAUCUCCUUGCACAGUGUACCGGGACACCGUGUGUGGCUGCAGGAAGAACCAGUACCGGUAUUACUGGAGUGAAACCCAUUUCCAGUGCCUAAACUGCAGCCUCUGCCUCAACGGCACGGUGCAGAUCUCCUGCAAGGAGACACAGAAUACUGUAUGCACCUGCCACGCGGGGUUCUUUCUUAGAGGGAAUGAAUGCGUCUCUUGUGUUAACUGUAAGAAAAACACAGAGUGUACGAAGUUGUGCGUACCCAUCGUGGAAACUGUUAAGGACCCUCAGGACCCAGGCACCACAGUGCUGCUGCCUCUCGUGAUCUUCUUCGGCAUUUGCGUUUUAUCCUUCUCCAUUGGUUUAAUGUGCCGCUACCAACGGCGGAAGUCCAAGCUCUUCUCCAUUGUUUGUGGGAAAUCAACACCUACAAAAGAGGGAGAGCCUCAGCCCCUGGCCACAGGUCCAGGCUUCAGUCCCAUCCCCAGCCCCACCUUCAGCCCCAGCCCCACCUUCACUCCCAGCCCCACCUUCACUCCUAGCGACUGGGCUAAUUUGAGGGCUGCAUCCGUCUCCAGAGAGAUGGCUCCACCCUACCAGGGGGCUGGCCCCAUCCUCUCCGCGGCUCCAGCCUCCAGCCCCAUCUCCACCCCAGUUCAGAAGUGGGAGGACAGCACCCACACUCAACGCCCAGAAGGUGAGCUCCUUGCAGGGGCAGCGGAUCCCGCCGACCCGGCGACGCUGUACGCGGUGGUGGACGGCGUGCCCCCGUCGCGCUGGAAGGAGUUCGUGCGGCGGCUGGGGCUGAGCGAGCACGAGAUCGAGCGGCUGGAGCUGCAGAACGGGCGCUGCCUGCGCGAGGCGCACUACAGCAUGCUGGCGGCCUGGCGGCGACGCACGCCACGACGCGAAGCCACGCUGGAGCUGCUGGGCCGCGUGCUCCGUGACAUGGACCUGCUCGGCUGCCUGGAGGACAUCGAGGAGGCGCUGUGCGCCCCCGCCUCCCUGUCGCCCGCGCCCCGCCUCCUCCGGUGAGGCCACGCCCCGCCCCGUGAGGGGCCUGCUCUGAGGACCGCUGCCUACAGUCGGGGCGGCCCAGAAGGACGGUGCGAGGUGCCCUCCGGAUCCCCUCUUUCUGGACAAGGGACACGAAGGGGCAGGCAGAAGCUGGCAGCCACCUACUUGGUGCUACUCCCUCAGUGUACACAGAAUUUUCUCCGUUUUCGGAGCACUGCCGGAGGGUCAGCCUUGUGUGUGUGACAGAUGUGUGCGUGUGAUCCUGAGAGAGGCUGAGUGUGCCAGGAGCCCCAGCUUGUGGUUGUAGAGAUGAGGGGCGCCAUGCCUCAUCACCCACUUUGGGUUUGGAAAACCCAGCAACACAGCUUCGGGGCCUCUGGGUGAUCCCUGGGCCCUUGUCAUAGUAGAUAAGCAAUCUUUUUUAUCAAUUAUGUUACACUAAUAGAAACUGGGCACGCCUCUGCCCCCUGCCUGGACAAGCACAGGGUGAGCUGACCUGUCCGAAGGCAGGGGCAGGCACAGAACAAUGGGGCGGCCAGCAGGAGCUGUGGACUUUUGUAAAUACACUAAAACUCUGGAAUUAAAGCUCUGCUCCUGGA